GUCAGCAGUUCGGUCCAUCCGGCGGUCACGUGACCCUCCCCUCACCCCACCUCACCGCAAGAUGGCGGCGCCUUGGCCGGAGUGAUGACGUUGCUGCGCUGAGAGCUGGGCGGAGCCGACACGAAGCCAAGUGCUCCCCCAAAGCCUUAGUCUUUCUACAGGUUUCCACCGGGGUAGCGAGUAGGGGGUCCAGCGGCGGCCCCUCCCGGUGGCAGAUCAGAUUCCCCCUUCUCUCUCUGUAUCAGAUCAAUCAUGGCGUCCGCCUGGCAGGAGGCAGCCUCGCAGCAGGCCGAGGUGAUCUCUGCCCGCCUCAGGGAGCUGCUGGCCACGGGCCUGGGCCUUCUGCGAACCGAGCUAGGCCUCGACCUGGGCCUGCAGCCGCACCACUACCCGUCCUGGGUGUUCCUGGCCGUGCCCGCCGUGCUGGGCCUGCUCGUCUUACUGCUGCUACUCAGGGCUGUCGGACGGGGCUCCUCGGCCAGGGACCGAGUGAGGGAUGAGAGGGGACCCGCCUUCGCCCAGGCUGCACCCCAAGCACCGCCUGCCAAGAAUGCCAAGGGCGAGGACCCCAAGAAAAAGAGCAAGAAGAAGCUGCCAGAAAAGGCCAAGCCCAAUGGCAGACCUGUGGAGUUAGUUCAAGAAGAAGUAAUAACCACAGUGAAAAGAGACAAUUUAAAGCAGUCAAUGGAGGCAGACAAGAAGAAUGAGAAGAUGAAGAAGAAUAAAAAGAAACUGAAACCGGACUCAAAGCAAUCACAACCAUCUGGAAAUGUAGAUAAAAAAGAAGCGGAGGAAGGAAACUGGGAAACGAAAAUCAGUAACCGGGAAAAGCGUCAGCAACGUAAACGUGAAAAAGGAACAGAGUCUGACCUAAUUGAAACUACACCGCUGAUUAUUGCUGAAUCUUUUAUAUCGGUGUCUGCUCCUGCCACAGGAGUUCGUAAAACAAAAGGUUCAGCUGAAGUGUCUGCUGUGAACGGCAGUACUUGGAGUGAGAAGCCUGCUAAAUUGAUUACCCCUCAAGAAAAAUGGGUGUCUUCAUCUGGGAAAAAGAAAGCUGAGCCUUGCAACUGGAAUCAAGAAGCUGGGGAUGCCAAUGGAAAGGAUUGGAGUGCACCAUGGAGUGAGCGGUCAAUUUUCCCGAGUUUAACUGCUUGGUCUGCUGUGGAUGGAAGGAUAAACAAAGCUGAAACGAGGCCUCCGUUUUCCAACAUUGGAUUAAACAGUACGGUGCCUGCUGUGGUUAGUGAUCCAGUUUCUCAGCCUAAUGUCUCUGAUAGCCAGUGGGAUGUGGGUCCUGCAGAACCCUCCAUAGAUGACGAAUGGUCUGGAUUAAAUGGUUUAAGUUCAACUGAUCCUAGUUCUGAUUGGAAUGCGCCAGCUGAAGUUUGGGGAAACUAUGAUGAAGAAGAACCAGUGACAGCAGGCCAGCUGGAGGAGCCUGAACAAGAAGCUCUAAAGGUUUCUGACAAUGAGAAGGAUGAAUCCGCUGCUCAAAAUUCUUCUAGUGGUAAAACCAAGAAGAAGAAGAAAAAGAAGAAGAAGCAGGGAGAAGAGUCUGGCUCUCCUACACAAGAUACUGAAGGGAAUGAUGGUGAUGUAGUGAAUAAUGUCCAAGAACAUACUCCUGAAGCAUCCCCUCAACCAACAAAAAUUACUCCAGUCAAUGCAGGAAAGACCAAUGAACCGAAAAAGAUAAGUGAGCCGAAAAAGACUAAUGAGCAAAAAAAACCUAGUGAACCCAGGAAAAACAGUGAGUCUAAAAAGACCAGUGAACCGAAGGCAACUGAACAGAAGAAGUCUGGUGAACCAAAGGCCAGUGAACCGAAAAAGGCCGGUGAGCAGAAGAGCAGUGAACCGAAAAAGGCCGGUGAGCAGAAGAGCAGUGAACCGAAAAAGGCCGGUGAGCAGAAGAGCAGUGAACCGAAAAAGGCCGGUGAGCAGAAGAGCAGUGAACCGAAAAAGACCGGUGAGCAGAAGAGCAGUGAACCGAAAAAGGCCGGUGAGCAGAAGAGCAGUGAACCGAAAAAGGCCGGUGAGCAGAAGAGCAGUGAACCAAAAAAGGCCAAUGAACAGAAGAAAAAUAAUGAGCCGAAAAAGACUAGUGAACAGAAAAAAAAUAGCGAAUUAAAGAAGUGUGAAGAGGAAAAUCGUCCAGUUACUGUACUCAUGGAGUCACCGGUAAUAAACACACUUUCGGAUAAGAGUUCUUCCAAGGGGCAGCAGUCUCAAGAGAAGGGCCCAUCAGUUAACAAGCAGAACAUUGUGCCUCCACCACUACAAGGUAAAGCUGAAGAGAACUGGGAAUCUCCAAAACAAGUGAAAAAGAAGAAAAAGGCCCGAAGGGAAACGUGAUUUUUCUUAGAUGAUAUCGAACACAUGUUCAGACACUGUUUUGGAGAUUAUGCGGUUUAUGCAAUAAUUUGUGAACAUGUACAGAAUUUUAUAUAAAUUGUCAGAAUUUUUAAAGCUGAUAUCAACAUGACCUUGCUUAAAACAGGAGGAAAUAAAGGAAAAGUAAAAAUAUGCUUAACAUACGAGGUCAACGUGAGAAAGUACUGGAAAAAUUUUGAAGAUCCUGAUUUGUGAGGGGGGUGUAGUUUUUUGUUUUGCCAACUUGAAACAUAUAAUUUGUUUAAUUAAAAAAAAAAAACUUAAUUCCUGAUUUUACAAAAUGGUGAGCAGUUUACAUUAAAAUUGUGCCCCAACGUGUUUCAAAUAGUACAACCAUCUGGGAUGAUUAUGUGAAACGGCAGUUCUGCUAUCCUCAUGUGAAAAGUCACUUUUUUUCUAACUUUUAUAUCUAAAUGCAUUGUAUGCACUAGCUAUGUACUGCCCCAUAGCAACAUCACAAGUUCAAGAGUUAACAUGAAGUUAAAAUAAGGACUAUUACAGACUGAACUGCAGUGAAUUAUGAAAAUCGAGCAUGUGUGUUUCAUUACAUUUUUGUCUUGACUGUCCCCUUUUAAACAACUUUUAUGUAAUAAUUUUAAGGCGUGACAUUGUGUUCUUAAGUCUUUUCAUCCUUUUGAUAUACCGUAAUUAUCUGCUUGAUGGCUCUUAAUCCAUCUAUUUUACCCACAGCACGGUCAAUCAUGUUUUGUAAAAUGGCUAUAUGUCUUUGAGUAACUCACUGUUUUUGUUUUGACCCUAACAAGACUUUUUUUUUUUCUCCUCCCAUUCUUUUUAACACUCUGUGCUGGACUAUUUAGAUUGAUACAGUGGCUCCCCAAGCUUUAAUUGACAAUGUCAAGACUUCCAGAAAUCAGGAAAUAUUUUGUUUUCUGCCUUAACCUAUAGUACGUAGACCGUAUAUGUAGAUUUCAUUGAACAAGUUUAGUGUUUUUAUAAUAAAGAUACUGCAGCUGUAAUUCAAAAUGCUAAUUCCAGCUUCAGGCUGUAUUGAUUUUUAAAACGGUGUGUGUGGUUUUAUCACCACUCCAGGCACUACAAUUGCAUUUUAUUAAACCUACAGCUAACUUUGUAUCUGUAUUUUGUGCAUGGUAAGUCAUACCUUGUAAAUAGCCUUACCAAAUGUUCUCCUUUCCCCCAUUUUCAUUCUUUCUAUAAAAGAUAACAUCGCUCUGGAAAAUAUAAUGUACAAGAGAAGCCAUGUCAAAUGUAAUGUCUUGCGGACUGCUACAACCUCAGUAUAAACACAAUAUCUGUAUUUUCCAAUGGUACUCAUCAAUGGCUUUAUAUUUUUUUUUUCUCUUCAUGUGAUUGCAAGUUAUUUCAGGCAUCAGACUAAAUCAUAGUCCUUGGAACUUCUGGCACCUUUCUUUAAUGGUUAAAAAGCAUUGAACGUUUUGGAAUAAACUGAACUGUUUUAUGAAAGGUUUUUUUUUUUCCCUUUAAUUUUUCAUGGACCUAAAAAAUAAAUGAAAUUCAACCCUUUUCGAGAAACGUGACAAUUUAAGUUUACAUGUUCAAAAGCUUUUGUUUAAUUCAGUGAUAUUUCUAAGUUGAUUUUGUUUAAAUAAAUCUUGCAAAUUCAGCA